GGACUUUGGUCCUACAAGGCUACAACACCCAACAAACCAAGUGCAGCAAUCUAACGAAUACAUGCGUUCAAAUCUUGAACCCUAUUCUCAAUAGAUUGCUACAUAUCCGCUUUCCCUCUUCAAAUCUCCACAGAUCAACUUAACUCUAUCCCUCAACUCUGUACACCCACCAAUAAAUAAUUACCCCACAGUUGAAUUCAAGAUCCGAUAGUAUCUUGACUUUCAGUUUCUCACCCGUUACUUCAGGAAAACCCAAUCAAAUACCCAAAACAAAGCCUUCUUCUCUGUGAGUUUAGUUUGUCGAUGAAAAUUUCAGCUUACGAAGCUAACCUGAUUGGGUUUUCUGUAAUUUCAUCUGAAAACCAGAUUAAGUUUGAAGUCCGGGUGAUUUGAUUGACCUGAACAUGGUAUGAACCGAUCCUCUUUUGAAUCUACCAGCGCGAAUUAUGGGGAGAUUUCUUGGUGGGUUUGUUUUGCCUGUACUGCUCUUAACAGCCGCUUUACUCAACUGGAGUUUGAUCUCUCUUGGAAAUUUGCUAGCGGCUCUACUUAUUCUCUUCACUCCUCCUAAACGAGGAUUUCAAUCCAGAGGGAGAACACUACUAUGGAUUAUCAUACUCUUCUCAUUUCUUGUAAUCCUUUCACAAACAACAUUUCUAAUCACAUGGGCCAUUGAGUGUGGAGGCUGCAAUGCAGAAGAACCUUGGUGGGCAAAGCUCAUAGGAUUUAUGAUAGUUACAACAUGGAGAUCACCCAUAGUGAUUUAUCUUUUGAUUGUUCAACUAUUAGUUGCAUUCACUGCUUUUAUUGAACUCCAUGAAAGCAGAUUAGGUUUGUUUAUACACACCACUUCUUUUUUCGGGAGUUCAUCAUCAGCUUUUGACCGAUUAGGUUCACAUUUGAAGGUUGCUUUCUGCUUGCUGUUGCCUGCUGUUCAACUGGUUGUUGGAAUCAGCAAUUCUUCUUGGAUUUCUUUGCCCUUUUUUGUUUGUAGCUGUGUGGGCCUUGUGGAUUGGUCCUUAACAAGCAACUUUCAUGGCCUCUUUAGGUGGUGGAGAUAUCUCUGGUUUUAUGCGGGGUUAAAUAUUUUGUUGCUAUACAUCUAUCAACUUCCCCUAGACUUCCCAAACUUCAUUGCUACAAUAGCUGAUUUCAUAGGCCUCUACAAAAUCUCUACAACCUCUGAGUGGACACAGUUUUGUUCUGCUGCUUCACUAAUCAUAUAUUGCUUCAUGUUAUCUUUUGUCAAACAUGAUUUGGAAGAAAUGGAUUCCAUCAUGUCCACAAGUGAAGGCAACAUAACUGAGCAUCUUCUGCCCUUAAAGGACUCUUUUUUUGUUCGUGAAUCAAGAUCUGGUGUAAGACACACAAAUCUUUUAGUGAGAGGUGCUGUUUUUAGGACAUUCAGUAUCAACUUCUUCACAUAUGGAGUUCCGGUGUCCUUGUUUGCACUUUCUUUAUGGAGCUUCUAUUUUGCAAGUGUAUGUGCGUUUGGGUUACUUGUAUAUGUGGGUUACAUUAUAUUUGCUUUCCCAUCAUUAUUCCAAUUGCACCGAUUAAAUGGGCUGCUUCUUAUCUUCAUUCUCUUAUGGGCUGUUAGCACAUAUAUCUUCAAUGUUGCAUUUGCAUACCUCAACUUUGAACUUGGAAAGGAUAUGGAGAUUUGGGAAAUGGUGGGAUUGUGGCAUUAUCCGAUUCCAGGGUUCUUUAUUCUUGCUCAGUUUUGUCUUGGGGUUUUGGUUGCCCUUGGGAAUCUUGUCAACAACUCUGUUUUUCUUUACAUUUCUGAUGAGGAUCAUGAGGCCUCAAAUGGAGAUGCAAAUCAUGAAGUUAAAGAAGAAACAAAAGUGCUGAUUGUGGCUACAAUUGCUUGGGGACUACGAAAAUGCUCGCGUGCUAUUAUGCUGGUGCUCAUAUUUCUCAUUGCAAUGAAACCCGGUUUUAUCCAUGCUAUAUACAUGAUAUUCUUUUUCCUUUAUCUUUUGAGCCACAACAUCAGCAACAAAGUACGCCAUGUCUUACUUCUUUUAUGCGAGCUUCAUUUUGCUUUGUUGUAUUCUCUUCAAAUAACUCUCGUCUCUCAAGCAUUGGAGAAAAGUGGCUCAAUAACUAUGGAAGUUUUAUCUCAAUUGGGUCUUCGUGAACAUGGUAGCUCAUGGGAUUUUCUUGAAAUAGCUUUGCUUGCGUGCUUUUGUGCCAUUGAUAAACACGGGUAUAAAAUGCUGUUUUCAUUCUCAGCAAUUGUACAGCAUACACCAUAUCCUCCUGUUGGGUUCAGUAUCUUGAAAGCUGGUUUGAAUAAAUCGGUUUUGUUGUCUGUUUAUGCAUCGGGAACAAGAAUCAACGAUGAUACACCAUCUCAAGAGAGAAAAGUGGCUUCAUAUCUAAGUGCAAUCGGGCAGAAAUUUCUAUCUUUAUACAGGUCAUUUGGCACAUACAUUGCGUUCAUAACAAUACUCGUCACAGUCUACAUGGCAAGCCCAAAUUUUGUAUCAUUCGGGUUCAUUUUCCUUCUUCUCUUCUGGAUUACGGGCCGACAACUUGUUCAGAAAACAAAACGCCGAUUAUGGUUCCCAUUAAAAGCAUACGCCAUCACCAUGUUCAUUCUCAUCUACAGUUUAAGCAUCUUUCCAUCUUUCGAGAUCUGGGUAUCCGAAAACAUUGAUCUCUACACAAUCCUUGGAUACAAUCCUCAAGCUUCAUUGUUGAAAAAUGUCUCAGAGCCAUUAGCAAUCACCAUUGUUAUGCAACUUUAUAGCUAUGAGAGAAGACAAAGCAGGUUUCGAACAGUUGAAGAUCCGAAUCGAAUACAGUUUGGUAUAAUUGGGUUUAUCAGAAGGCUUUUGAUUUGGCAUAGUCAAAAGAUUUUAUUUGUCGCGAUGUUUUAUGCUGCUUUAUCACCAAUAAGCGCGUUUGGGUUCGUGUAUCUUCUUGGCAUUGUGCUCUGUUCACUUUUACCUAAAGCUUCGCGGGUCCCAUCGAAAUCGUUUCUGGCAUACACGGGGUUUCUUGUUACAAUCGAGUAUUUGUUUCAAAUGUUGGGCAAACGGAUCCAGAUGUUCCCGGGUCAAAAAUAUUAUGAUGUAUCUGUUUUUCUUGGGUUGAAAGUGUACGAACCCGGGUUUUGGGGAGUGGAAGCCGGAUUGCGGGCUAAAGUUUUAGUGGUUGCAGCUUGUACGCUUCAAUACAAUGUCUUUCAUUGGCUCGAAAUGAUGCCUAGCUGGCUCUCGGGUGUCGGUCAAUGGGAAGAACCCUGCCCGUUGUUUUUUUCAGAAGAAGACGUGCUGCCCGUUGUCUCGGAUGUGUCUGCCCGAAAUUUAGAAAAAACCAAGAUCAAAACGAGUAAUUCAUGGCCCGGAGUCGAUGAUUCCGGUAAAAAAACCGGGAUUCCGGAAAGUAGCAGCAAACGGAAUCUUCUCGGGUAUCUUUGGGGGAGUAACGAGAGCCAUAAAUGGAAUAAAAAACGGGUUCUCGCAUUGAGAAAAGAAAGAUUCGAAAUGCAAAAAACUUCAUUGAAAGUCUACUUGAAAUUCUGGAUGGAAAACAUGUUUAUUCUCUUCGGGCUUGAAAUCACAAUGAUCGUGUUGCUUCUUACAAGUUUUGCACUUUUAAACAUCGUGUCCAUGCUGUACAUCGCAUCACUUGCUGCAUGUGUGCUUUUAGGUCGCCAGUUUAUACGCAAAGCAUGGCCAUUAUUUGUCUUUAUGUUUGCCACUGUACUUGUACUCGAAUACUUCGCCACCUGGCGCAACACCAUCCCGGAAACCGCCACGCGCUGCCACGACUGCUGGCGGAGCUCCGAUUUGUACUUCAGCUACUGUCUUGACUGCUGGCUCGGGUUAACCGUGGACGACCCGCGGGUCUUGAGCAGUUACUUUCUGGUGUUCAUGUUCGCGUGUUUUAAAUUACGGGCGGAUCGGUUCGGAAGUUUUUCAGGGUCGUUUACUUAUCGACAAAUGUUAUCGCAAAGGAAAAAUGCGUUUGUGUGGCGGGACCUCUCGUUUGAAACAAAGUCAAUGUGGACUUUUCUUGACUAUCUUCGGUUAUACUGUUAUUGCCAUUUGUUGGAUCUUGUUCUCGCGUUGGUUUUAAUAACUGGAACACUUGAAUACGAUAUUUUACACCUUGGAUAUCUUGCGUUCGCGUUGAUUUUCUUUCGAAUGAGGCUCACGAUUUUGAAAAAGAAGAACAAGAUCUUUAGAUGGUUGCGGAUAUAUAACUUUUUGGUGAUCGUGCUUUCAUUGACUUAUCAAUCGCCAUUUAUCGGUUCUUUUAACGAAGGGAAAUGCGAUACGGUUGAUUAUAUUUAUGAAGUUAUCGGGUUUUAUAAGUAUGAUUACGGGUUCAAAAUCACGUCACGUUCUGCAUUGGUUGAAAUCAUAAUUUUUAUAUUGGUGUCUUUGCAAUCGUAUAUGUUUGCUUCUGAAGAAUUCGAUUAUGUUUUCCGGUAUUUGGAAGCCGAGCAAAUUGGUGCGAUUGUACGCGAACAGGAGAAAAAGGCGGCUUGGAAAACCGCACAGUUGCAGUACAUUCGUGAAGCUGAAGAGAAGAAAAGACAGAGGAAUUUGCAAGUUGAAAAGAUGAAAUCUGAGAUGCUCAAUUUACAGAUUCAGCUUCAUAGUACGGAACCACCUUCAGUACCGGUACCGGUGGCGGGUGGUGGUGGUGAUGGGUCGCCGCACUGGGAAGGGUUAAGGAGGCGGAGAAGUAUUGACCGUGAACAUUCCGGUGACCCGAUGUUUCCUUUUGAGAGUUUAUCGGCGAUGCAAUCUCCGAGAAAAAUAUCGCUUUCUGAAAUCACUGAAGAGGAUAUUCCGGAAAUCGAAAAGAAAAACAAGGGGAAAAAGGAAAGGUCUUUGAUUUCUGCUGUACAGUUGAUUGGAGACGGUGUUUCGCAGGUGCAAUCGAUCGGGAAUCAGGCGGUUACGAAUCUAGCAAACUACUUCAACAUUCCUCCUCAAGAUUCCGGUUCCGGUUCUGAUUCCGAUGUUCCAGUUCCGGUUCCGGUUAUACAUGAGGCCGAACCCCAAGACGAAGAUUUCACGGGUUUCGAUCGAUCUGGUUCUGUGGAAUCGGAGAGAAGUAGAAUGAGUUCCGAGUCACCAAGCAUCCAAAUUGGUCAAAUCUUUCGACAUAUUUGGGCACAAAUGCGAUCAAACAAUGAUAUUGUCUGCUAUUGUUGUUUCCUUCUCGUCUAUCUUUGGAACUUUAGCCUGCUUUCAAUGGUGUAUCUUGCAGCUCUGUUUUUGUACGCACUGUGUGUCAAUACGGGACCAAGUUACACUUUCUGGGUGGUAAUGCUGAUGUACACAGAGUUCUACAUCUUGAUUCAAUACAUGUAUCAGAUCAUCAUCCAACACUGCGGUUUCACAAUCCAAUCGGCUUUUCUGACGGAAUGGGGUUUUCCGGCGAAAAAAAUAACCGCAUCUUUUGUAAUCAGUUUGUUUCCUCUGUUUCUGGUGUACCUAUUCACGCUGAUUCAAAGCUCGAUAACCGCAAAAGACAGCGGAUUGGUUUCAUCAACGGAAUUCAGCAGUCUUACUACAGGAAUCGUAAACCAAAACGAGUUUCUUUCGAGUUCAAAUUGGAAAGAGAAGGCUCGAAAGAUUGUCCUACCCGCGAAAAACUUGGCAAUAUUGAUAAUCAGAAACUGUACUCGAUACUGGAAAUCUUUAACACAAGAAGCGGAAUCGCCACCUUACUUUAUCCAGUUAUCAAUGGAUGUUUGUUUGCGUCCGGAAGACGGGAUUCAACCCGCGAGAAUCGAAUCGGGUCUAAACCAAGCUCUUAGAAUUGUUCAUGAUGCAAGAUGUAAAGAACCCAACCCGGAAACUUGCCCGUGUCCCAGUGUUCUUCAAGUUCAAAGCAUCGAAAGGAGUACAGAAGACUCCAACAUUGCCAUGGCUGUUUUCGAGGUCGUAUACGCAUCACCACGUGACGAAUGCACGUUGACCGAAAGGUACAAGUCGUUGACUCCCGCAGCAGAUGUAGCCAAGGAGAUAAUCGAAGCACAGAGUAAAGAUAUUUUCAAACUGGUCGGGUUUCCAUACCCAAUAAUUUCAGUAAUCGGUGGAGGAAAAAGAGAAAUCGAUCUUUACGCGUAUACAUUCGGUGCAGAUUUAGUCGUUUUCUUCUUGAUUGCAAUCUUCUACCAAUCCGUUAUCAAAAACAAAAGCGAAUUACUCGAUGUUUAUCAACUCGAAGACCAGUUCCCGAAAGAGUUUGUUUUCAUUUUAAUGGCAGUCUUCUUCUUGAUCGUGCUUGAUCGAAUCAUCUACCUCUGUUCAUUCGCCACCGGAAAAGUGAUAUUUUACAUUUGUAACCUCCUUCUUUUCACCAUCUGUGUCACAAACUACGCCUGGAACACAAAGCCAUCACAGCAAAAUGCAGCAGGGUUUGCCCUUCGUGCGAUAUUUGUAACGAAAGCGAUUUCUCUCGCCUUUCAAGCCAUGCAAAUUCGAUCAGGGGUCCCACAUAAAAGCACAUUGUACAGACAGUUCUUGACCAGCAGUGUAACCAGGGUUAACUAUUUAGGGUACAGACUCUAUCGGGCCCUACCAUUCCUAUACGAGUUAAGAUGUGUGCUUGAUUGGUCAUGCACCACCACAACGUUGACCAUGUAUGACUGGCUCAAGUUGGAGGACAUAAAUGCAAGCUUGUACCUCGUGAAAUGUGACACUGAUUUAAACAGGGCGGGUCAUAAACAAGGAGACAAGCAAACAAAAGUGACGAAGUUCUGCAACGGGAUAUGCUUAUUCUUCAUAUUAAUAUGCGUCAUCUGGGCUCCUAUGCUUAUGUAUAGCAGCGGGAACCCGACAAACAUUGCGAACCCUAUCAACGAUGCGAGCAUUCAAUUCGACAUAAAAACAGAGGGCGGAAGGAUAAUGUUAUACCAAACGACUCUAUGUGCAAUCACUCCAUGGACGAAUGUCAGUUCUUCUGAAAAUCUUGACCCUCAUGGUUACUUAGAAUCAUAUAAUGAGAAUGAUAUUCAAGUGAUUUGCUGUCAAGGAGAUGCGACAGAUCUAUGGCUUGUUCCAGAAGUUGUUCAGACAAGAUUCAGUCAAUCGCUUGCUAAGGGCAUGGAUAUGAAGUUUAAUUGGAUAUUGAAUCGAGAAAGGCCUAAAAAUAAAGAAGUUGUCAUGUUUGGGCAAACUUUAGAUCAAUCGGAUCUUCCUGACCCAUCACAAGUUAAACGGGUUCUUGAUGGUUUUAGCAACAGUUUUAGGGUAAACAACACGUAUCCGAGGUAUUUUCGUGUUACGGGUUCUGGGGACGUCAGACCCUUUGACCAGGAGGCUAAUGGUGUGGAUGGGAUGCUUGUUUUGAACCGUGGGGAGUCUGAAUGGUGGUCUUUUUUUGAUAUAAGUCUGUUGAAUUCAAGUGUGUGUGGGGAUUUGAUGGGUCCCAUGGCGAUUGUUGUUUCAGAAGAAACGCCACAGGGAUUUCUUGGAGAGACACUGAGUAAAUUCAGUAUAUGGGGUCUGUAUAUUACAUUUGUGCUAGCAGUUGGUAGAUUCAUAAGGCUUCAGUGCUCUGAUCUGAGAAUGAGAAUCCCAUAUGAGAAUCUUCCUUCUUGUGACAGAUUGAUUGCGAUUUGUGAGGAUAUUUAUGCUGCAAGGGCAGAGGGGGAGCUUGGAGUGGAGGAGGUGCUGUAUUGGACAUUAGUGAAAAUAUACAGAUCACCCCACAUGCUGCUAGAGUACACCAGCCUUGACUAGCUUCAUAGGAAGUCAAAGUCAAAGUCAAAGAUACACCGGUAGUAGGGGAGAAAACUGGCUAACGAUACAGAUGCUAACAUUAGGGUAAGUGUCAAGCUUCAAUUUUUUUGUGGGGAAGAGAGAGUGUAUCAAUCCAUUCAUUAAUCUUGUAACAUUGUUUGUGUAUAUAUGAAUUAAUAGGGAGAUUGCAUUGAGUUCCUUCUUUGUAAACAUAUAUACAUACAAAUACAAUAUAAACACAAUUCUCUUGUUGUUCA